CGCGGGCAGCAGCAGCGGCAGCAGCAGCGCCAUGCCGUUCGUGGAGCUGGACACCAGCCUGCCGGCCGAGCGGCUGCCGCCGGGGCUGGCGCAGACCCUGUGCGCCGCCGCCGCCGAUAUCCUGGGCAAACCGGCGGAGCGGGUGAACGUCACGGUGCGGAGCGGGCUGGCCAUGGUGCUGUCGGGCUCGGCCGAGCCCUGUGCCCAGCUGGCGGUGUCGUCCAUCGGCGUGGUGGGCACGGCGGAGCAGAACAAGGCGCACAGCGCCCGCUUCUUCGAUGUCCUGACGGCGCAGCUGGGCCUGGGCCCCGAUCGGAUUGUCAUUCGCUUUUACCCUCUGGAGCCCUGGCAGAUUGGCAAGAACAGGACAGUCAUGACAUUCCUGUGAUCCUUGGAGCAGCUGCUGGAACAAAGCCAGGAUGAAGGCAACCCAGAGAUGAUCAGCUCUGUCUGUCUGCUUGUUUCCUCUUGUGAUCCAAUCUGUGUAGCUCGAUUCACUUUUGUAUUUGCGUCCUGUACACACAAAGUUCAAGAGUGAAGCAAUCAACUGAUUUUACUGAAAUAGUUCAAAGUCUUUGUCUCAAGUUCAGGCCUAGACAAAGCUGCUUGUAGCAGUAAAAAGUUUCGUUCUAGAACAUUUGGCUUUACUGAGGACCAGAGAGGUUCUGAGGUUUAUCUAGUUUUUCUCAUCUUUUGCAAGGCAGAAAAAAUCCUUUUUUCUGUUUCUCUGUGGCAGCAGAAGGGUCUCAGGCCAGUGAAGAUGACCUGGAAGUCAAAUUAUUUUCUUUUCAGGCUCCCCUGAAAGCCCUU